AUGGAUCCCCUUCCCCUACACACAAUCAUCUGGCUUGUUUGUUGGUCAUUUUGGUUAUUCCCGUUCUGUGCAUCAUCCGGCAGCCGCCUUCUUCCCGACAAGCCGCUUUCUGCUGGAAGCACCAUCACCUCCGAUGACGGCACUUUUGCCCUGGGAUUCUUCUCCCUGUCCAGCUCCAGCACAAAACAUUACUACGUCGGCAUAUGGUACAAGAACAUACCCGAAGACAACUGUGUGUGGGUUGCCAACCGUGCCAUGCCCAUAACUGAUCCUUCUUCUGCAACACUCGCGUUCACAAGCGAAUCCGAUCUUGCGUUGUCAGACACCAACGGACAGCUUCUCUGGACGACAAACAUCAGCGCUGCAGGAAAUUCAUCGUCAGAGGCAACUGGUGGAAUAGCCACGCUUGAGAACAAUGGGAAUUUUAUCCUUCAGUCAUCACAUGGCAUCAUCUUAUGGCAAAGCUUCGAUUACCCGACCGACACUCUCCUUCCACAUAUGAACCUCCUUCCAGGUAUGAACCUCAGACUCACCCACAAGACACAUGCACUACAACGGCUCAUCUCUUGGAGAAGUCCCCAAGACCCGUCCCCAGGCAACUUCUUAUAUGGUGCAGACCCUGAUGAGUUUCGACAACGUUUUAUAUGGAAUGGCUCAACCCCAUACAUGCGAGGUUCUAUAUGGAAUAAAAAUUUGGUAGUCGGACAGUAUGUCGAGAGUAUCAAGUCCACAAUUUACUAUGAACUGCGUACUAUUGAUGAUGAGAUCUAUGCUUCCUUUGGACUGCCGGUACCAGGUGUUUCAUUACUGCAAAUGAAGAUUGACUACUCAGGCAAGAUAAAAACACGAGUCUGGAAUAGCAGCAGGUCCAAAUGGACUGACCUGUGGUCAGGACCUAACCAGGAAUGCAACAAAUUUGGUUAUUGUGGUCCAUUUGGUUACUGCGACAACACACAGCCUAUUGUGACAUGCAAGUGUCUUGAUGGCUUUGAGCCAAACAACAAACAAGACUGGACGGCCAGCAGGUUUUCGCAGGGAUGCCACCGAAUGGAAGCACUAAGAUGUGGUCAAGGGGAUGGCUUCUUAAAUAUGUUAACCAUGAAGGUUCCCAGCCAGUUCUUGUAUGUCAAGAAUAGAAGCUUAGAUGAAUGCAUAGCAGAAUGCACCAGCAACUGCUCCUGCACGGCGUUUACUUACACCAAUAUGAGCAUUGAUGCUAUAAAUGGGGAUGAAACUAGAUGCCUAUUAUGGAUCGGAGAUUUGAUCGACAUGGAAAAGCUUAUUGGACAAGGGGAAACUCUCUAUAUCCGGGUUAAUGGACUGAGUGAUAAAAAGGGGAAGAGCAUUGUUUUAAAAAUUACACUGCCAGUUGUGUCAAGUUUGCUCAUGAUCAUAUGUGUGUGGCUUGUUUGGAUCUGCAACUUGGGAGGCAAACAAAGAAACAAGAAAAUUUGGAAGAAGCUGAUGUCAGGAACUUUGAGCACCUCUGUUGAACUUCGCGAUGGAAACAUGAAGUAUCCUUUUAUUAGCUUCAAAGAAAUAAUACUUGCAACGAACAAUUUCUCUAGCUCCAACAUGCUUGGACAUGGAGGUUUUGGCAAUGUUUACAAGGGAACAUUAGAAGAUAGUACAGAAAUUGCCGUGAAAAGGCUAAGUAAGGGUUCUGGUCAGGGGGUAAUGGAGUUCAGAAAUGAAGUAAUACUCAUUGCAAAGUUGCAGCACCAAAACUUGGUUAGACUUCUAGGUUUCUGUAUCCAUGGAGAUGAGAAACUUUUGAUAUAUGAAUACUUAUCAAACAAAAGUCUACACGCCAUGCUUUUCGAUGCCACAAGAAAAUCAAUGCUAGAUUGGCCGAUAAGAUUCGAGAUAAUCAAAGGGGUAGCUAGAGGACUUCUUUAUCUUCAUCAAGAUUCAAGGCUGAAGAUAAUUCACAGGGAUCUCAAAGCAAGCAACAUAUUGUUAGAUGCCGAAAUGUGUCCUAAGAUAUCUGAUUUUGGUAUGGCAAGGAUAUUUGGUGGCAAUCAGCAGCAAGAAAAUACUAACCGUGUUGUUGGCACAUACGGUUACAUGUCACCUGAAUAUGUUUUGAAAGGAGUGUUUUCUGUGAAGUCUGAUGUAUAUAGCUUUGGAGUUUUACUACUGGAGAUUGUGAGUGGCUCAAAGAUCAGCUCUGUGCUCCUAAAAGCAGACUUCAGCAGCAUUAUAGCCUAUGCAUGGAGCUUAUGGAAGGAUGGGAACACAAAGGAUUUUGUUGACUCACCAAUUGUGGGGGGCUGCUCACUGGAUGAAACUUUACGGUGCAUCCAUAUCGGACUCUUAUGUGUUCAAGGCAGCCCAAAUGCGCGGCCACUCAUGUCAUCAAUUGUGUCCUUUCUGGAGAAUGGAGAUAUAUCACUUCCAACUCCAAAAGAGCCUAUGUAUUUUGUAGAAAAUAACUAUUGUGCCGAUGGAGCAGCAGAAAAUACUGUGAAUUCUGCAAAUACCAUGAGCAUUACAGUGCUAGAGGGACGCUAGUACCUGGCAGUCUAAUUUCUGCAUAUGUGAACUGGUAUUUUUCUUGAAGAACAAGAAGCUUUGUUUUAAUAUAGACAAUGUAUUUCAGCUCCA